UCUUUACCGAUCAACUCUCCUUGGCAUCCCGAGAAAAUUGGCUUUUUUAUAGGAUUCGCCUCCUCCUUCCAUCUAAUUCUCUUAUCUGUGGUGAGCAUAGGCAGUUUUCAGGGCGCAGCAUGGGUACCAGCCACCAAACUCACUGGCAAAUGGUAUAAUGAUCGCUCAUACGCAAAGAUGUUCUCCAUACUUGGAUGUGGCAGCACAGUAGCUGGAUUAUUGAUGCCAUUUGUAGAGUAUUCUUACUGGCGUAUGCUUCUAAAGUAUUUUGGCCUCUUCACCUUAGCAUUUUGCGCUUAUUUUUACUACACGCUUGCGCGAAGACGAUAUCAUGCCACAACAAGUGAAGAGCAAGGACUCCUCACCGUCCUUGUUAUCGCUCACUUAUUCACCUGUGAUUUGGAGUGUAGCUGCAGUGUACCUAUUUUCCAUGGAGUGCUUUCCAAUGUUUUGAAGGUUCGAACUGUGUGCGAGACAUGGAUUCCUCUCUACAUGGCUGAAAAUGGCCUCAGCCUUGCAACUUUUCAAGUGACCUACGAAAUAGGAGGGAUACUUGGUAAUCUUCUUUCGGGUUGGCUGCUUGGAUCAGCUGUGUCUACGCAUGAGUUCCGAUUCAGCACGGCGUCUUGUAGGCGUCUCGAGCAGCGCUCUGCUGCUUCUGGUGGCGGCCUUUAG